AUGUUGUCCUUACCUUCAACCUCUUCAUCUAUUUCUAGACAAAAAUACGAUGUUUUUUUGAGUUUUAGUGGUGAAGAUACCCGCAACAACUUCACAGAUCAUCUCUAUGAUGCUCUAAAGAGGAGUGGAAUUGUCACUUUCAGGGAUGAUCCAAAGCUGGAAGUCGGAGAAGAGAUCGAACCCGAGCUCUUCAAAGCAAUUCGACAAUCAUGGUGCUCAGUAAUCAUUUUCUCGAAAACCUAUGCCUUUUCAGGUUGGUGCUUGGAGGAGCUUGCUGAGAUUAUUAAACAAAAGAACAACAAGGAUCAUAAAGUAUUUCCAAUUUUUUAUGAUGUGGAUCCAUCUAAUUUGAGAAAACAAAAAGAAAUAGUUGAAAAAGCCUUUGCUAAACACGAAGAGAGAUAUAAGGAAGACAAAGACAAAAUCCGAAGGUGGCGGAAUGCUUUGACUCAAGUGGCUAACAUCAAGGGAUGGCAUUUAAAUAACAGGCAUGAAACCGAAUUUAUUGGAGAUAUUGUUAAAAAAAUAUCAGCAAAAUUAUGUGAAACAUUUCCAGUUGUCCAUGAUGGGUUGGUUGGAAUUAGUUGACGCUUGGAGGAGCUGUAUGCGAAAAUAGACAUUGGUGAAGAUGAUGUCCGCAUUAUUGGAAUUUGUGAAAUGGGUGGCAUCGGUAAAACGACUCUUGCAAGAGUUGCUUACACUCAAAUGUCACCUCAUUUUGAAGGUAAAAGCUUUCUUGCUGAUGUUCGAGAAGUUUCAAAUAAAUGUGGACUUGUUUCGUUACAGAAACAA